AAAUUCACAUAUAUUAUCUUGUGAACACUUCUUGACACACAGACACACACACACACACACAACUUUGUUCUAUCCUCUGUCUCAUUUUUCAUGGCUUCAACUUCACCACAAACUUUUCAACAUCAACACAAAGAUAACAACAAUGGCAGCAACAACACUGAGUUUAACAGACAAGAAAUCCAAACGGCUAUAGCCAAAGCAAUUGAACUAAGAGCCCUUCAUGCUGCAUUAACUCAAGGAAAUAGCCCAGGCCCAAGCCCAGGCCCGCCAAAUGCUAGAUUCUCUUCCCAUUCCCCUGCUUCACGCUCUGUUUCUCAAUUCUCUGCUCAAGAUUACCCUGUUUUCACACCAAGCUAUGAAGAUGAACCACAUCAAAACUCAACAAGAAGCAGAACAUUAUCAGAAAGUUGGGAUGAGAAUGUGGUAGAAGAAGGAAACAUGGUCAUGGAAAAUAUCAUUCUACAAGAUUACAAAGAGAAAUCAAGUUCAAGAAAAGUACUACUACCUUUUGGUUUUUCAAAUCUCAGAAACAACCAAGAAUCUCAUCACAUGUGUCCUAUUGAUGAUACCAAAUCAGCAACAGGUUCUUGUGCAAAUCACAUCACACUUCUUCAAACAUCACCCUCUAACAAUGAAGAUUACUUCAAAUCUAGAAGAAGAAAUAGUUUGGAUGAUUUCAAACCCAUAUCUUCAUGCAAUAGGUGUAAACCUGCUUUGAUAACUAGUGAAUUUGACAACACAAGAAACAAUAGAAGUUCCAACAUUGUUGUUCCUCUAACUGAUUCUCAUGCAUCAUUUCAAACACAACACAAAAGUAAAGGUGUUAUUUCUUGGCUUUUUCCUAAAUUCAAGAAGAAACACAAGAACAAGAAUGAGAGUUUUUCACCAAACAGGACAGAAUCUGAAGAGGUUUCUCAAGUUCUUAAAGAUAUGGGAAUAGUUUCAAUUGAGAUGCUAAAGAGAGAGCUUAUAGAAGCACAUGAGAGUAGAGAUUCAGCUAUAAGGGAAGUUUCUGAAAUGAGAUCUUCAUUUGGUGACUUGAAACAAAAACUUGAGUAUUUAGAAGGUUACUGUGAAGAGUUGAAAAAAGCUUUGAAACAAACAAUGAUAUCAAAAGAAUCACCACUUUGUGAAAAACUUGGAAUACCCUUUGAUGGAAAUGAAGAAAAUUUGAUGAUGAAUGUGAAUGAAGAUGUAAUGGUAGAAGGUUUUUUGCAGAUAGUUUCAGAAUCAAGGUUAUCAGUAAAACAAUUCAGCAAGACCCUUAUAAGCCAAAUUGAAGAAAAUGAUCAUACUUUGAUACAAAACUUGAACUUGCUUCUUCAACCAUACAAACUCUCUUUGAAUUCCAAAUACUCAAAAGCUGUUCUUUACCAUUUUGAAGCUUUCAUAAACCAAUCACUCUACCAAGACUUUGAGAAUUGCAUGUUUCAGAAAAACGGGUCAGCAAAAUUCUUAGACCCGAGACAAGAUCGCCGCGCGAAAUUUUCGUCCUUCGUUGCAUUAAGAAAUUUGAGCUGGAAUGAAGUUUUGAAGAAAGGUACAAAAUAUUAUAGUGAAGAAUUCAGCAAAUUUUGUGACCAAAAAAUGAGUUGUAUAAUUACAUCACUUAAUUGGUUAAGGCCUUGGCCUGAACCAUUACUUCAGGCAUUUUUUGUGGCAGCAAAAUGUGUUUGGUUGUUACAUCUUUUGGCAUUUUCAUUCACACCAUCAUUAGGAGUAUUAAGAGUUGAAGAGAAUAGAAGAUUUGAUCCUUAUUAUAUGGAAGAUUUGGUUAUUGAUAGACAAAGAUCACAAGGUCCAAGUAGGGUUAAGAUCAUGGUGAUGCCUGGAUUUUAUGUUAAAGAUAGUGUCUUAAAGUGUAAAGUUAUUUGCAGGCACAAAUAUGCACAUUGAAGUUAAAAUUUAAUUUGGAAAUAGUAGGUUUUUAUUUUAUUGUUCAUUUUUAUUUUGAUCUUGUUUUAGACACUGUAUUUUAAAUAAGUUUGUAACUACUACCCAAAUGUAUGUAUGUUAAUUAAUGUGAUUAUGAAUAAUGGUUCAAAUUCGUUA